GUGCAUUAAAGCACUUCCGCUGUGUCCCACGUUAGAGGCUCGUUGGAGGUUGCAUCAGGCAGAUUUAAAGCAGUCGCUGUGUGGUUUCGACGCCGUUUUAUAAAAUCACGACAAAUCUAAGCAUCUGCAAGCGGCACUGAUCGCCGACGUCUUUCAUCUGUUAAAGUAAUCGCAGUAAUAUCGCAUGUCCAAUAUACAGAACCUCCAGUCCUUCGAUCCCUUUGCUGAUGCAACUAAGGGUGACGACUUGCUCCCGGCUGGGACUGAGGAUAAAAUCCAUAUAAGGAUUCAACAACGGAACGGCCGCAAAACGCUGACCACUGUGCAAGGCAUCUCGGAUGACUAUGAUAAAAAGAAACUUGUAAAAGCCUUUAAAAAGAAAUUUGCCUGCAAUGGUACAGUGAUCGAGCACCCAGAGUAUGGAGAGGUGAUUCAGUUACAGGGGGACCAAAGGAAGAAUAUCUGUCAGUUUCUGAUGGAGAUCAACAUCGUAAAGGAAGAGCAGUUGAAGGUCCACGGAUUUUAAAAUGCUGCCCCCUCCAGGGCUUUCUAUAGGACUGCACCAGCAUGUAGCAAUCCUAGUAUAUUCAUGGCAGGGUUUUUGUGACCAUAUGCUAACAACACUGACAGCAGGGUAAAACGGUUUGUUUUUGCAGUCAUUUCAAGCUCGAAUCUUCAUAAUGACCUCAAGCGGACCACUAAUUCUAGGCUGGUCUGAAUUAGAAAUAACCGAAGUUAGAAAAUACUGAAUCUUUGUUGCUGAUGCUUGUGAACGUUUUAUGAUAGAUGCACUAUCUUUUUAUCUAGGACAAUAAAAUUGUGACUUUGCACA